AUGAGUAGAAAUCUAGUGCGCUACAAUCCUCCACCGGAGCAGUACCUUCAACGGUGCACGCGAAUGUGGGCAAGGGAUCGAGCAACUGGAGGAGUGUCACUGGCGUUUGUUCCGGACUUCAACAAAGGAAUCGAGACGCCGGAGGCUAUGGAGAAAGUUUGCGAAGAAGCUGAGAGCAUCCUCCUGAAGCACAAGCUCUUCUCCGAGGAGACAAGAUUCUUCACCGAGGACUACUCUUCCAAACUGGAUGUUCUGGAGACAACAUUCGAAACACUGAUGACGGAACUAUUAGAUGAAGUACCAGCGCCACAUCUUCGUCUGGAAUAUUCUAAUGUCAUUGCAUUCUACAUGACAGCUCGUGAGAUGUUCACGUUCAUAUCUACUUUCACAGAGAAUGAACACUGGGUUAUGCCGUGUGAUCUCGUCGAUAAGUUUAUCGAAUAUUUUGAAACGGUUCGCUUGAUCAAAAAGUACUCGUUUGUGGAUCUCCGCAAUUUCUUGGAAGUGUUGGAGUUUAGCAACGAAAUAUUGCUGUGCAUUCAGACACACUAUCGUAUCAAGAAAAAGUUCAUCAGAAAUGAAGAACCCAGUUUUCCUCGAGAUGACUGUGAGAGAUACUAUUCUUACGAUUACGAAUGGUUCUGUGGAUCAGUGAUUUCUGGACCAUACCAUAUGGAUUGUUGUCGUUGGUUGUGUGUCAGUCGUCAUGCGCAGAUGAAUCUUACCAUCUUCCGUUGCGAGACAAUGGCCGCCGCUCAUGGAACGUUCUUCGACUACUUGAUGAACAUCCCAGUCCCAUUCCCAGGAUCUGCUGACUCCCCAAAACUUAUUUUGAGUGCUUUGAGCUCUAGAGAAGCGUGCUUUAGAGAUGCUAACAUGAGGUCACUCGCUACUCUUAAAGAGUUGAUCGAAGGAGAUCCGGAGCUCAAAUACACUCGCGACACAGCCAAUUUUGUCAAUCUUCGAGGCGAUAUUCGCCGUAAAAAGCGGAACGUGGCAGAUUUGUUAGUUAGAAGCGAGAGAAACAACUGUCUUCCAUUCUAUCUCAUAAUCUCUGUCCUCUCAAGAGUCGAAGCUCAACUUUUGCUGCUCCACAGAGCCUAUGCUCCUUUCAUAGAUAAGAAUAUCGGGUUGUAUGGAAAGAGCAUGCCAAAAACGGUAAUAGUAUUCGAGAUCGCCUUCAGAAUCUUUGUCAUCACAAAUGCCGAAACUUGUAGCAAGUUGCCUUUGAACCCUGAAAUUGAAGGAUUGCUCAAACAACUCAACACUGAGACUCGUAUUCAUAUUCAACGAUUCUACGAGGACUACGAGGAGGAAUGCGAGAAAUUCUACACUGAGCCAGUUCCGGUCGAUUUGGAGAACGAUACCAAUCAAUUCCCAUAUCAAGUGGACGUUGAUGACUUCCCGGAGGAUCUCGCUGACUUUGUCACUCCAAUGAUAACUCACUUGUACUGGGAACAGUAUGAGUUAGAUCGGUUGAAUGAGGACUAUGCGUUUGUCAAGCAGGGUUACUUUGAUUGGCCAAAAGCAGCAGGUACUGCCCCGUUCACAAUAAACAAGCAUAGACCGGCGAUACAUGCGUUCGACUGUAAUUUCUCGCAAGUCUAUAGCCAAAAUAUCUGUGAGCGAGUUCAAAAGAGCCACUGCAUCAAAGCCAUCAAUCGUAUUGCCUCUGAUGCUUUUUGGGGAAACGAAAUCAUCAAAUCUUGUGAACAAGCUAUCGAAGAAGCCAAAUGUGUUCCGUCGAUCUCUGAAAUCAAUCAGGAAUUUGCUACCACUUUCAAAGCCGCGAUUGGUGAGAAGGUUCUAGAUGGAAUGGAUGUAGUUGAAGUGACGAAUAUGAUCGGAGAAAUUGUACAUGCUCACAUAUCUGCGAGUGCACUUCGUACCAAGUAUCCAAGCCCGAAAGGAGAAAUAGGAACUGCACAAACAGCAAAAAACAUAGCGAAGGAAGUUCUUCAGACAUUUUUGGACUACGUCAAAACUCAGGAGGCAAUGGUCGCCAAAAAAUUGUCAGCUCCGAAGACAAAGGUAGAGGCUGUAGGAGCAGCUCGUGCUGCUCAAAAGUCAAUAAUCGAUCGAUUGGAUCUACUACACCGCCAACUUGUCGCUCAAGCCACCGGUACUCGACUUCCAGAAAAUAUUAUUUCGGAAAGCAGUGACGAAGCUACCAGCAGCGAAGCUUCCGAUAAUGGAAUUGAUGACGACGACACGUUCUACCCUGUGCCCGAUCCAACUUUGGAUUUGUUCUUUGACGCCCUCAAUCAAGCACCGUUGUCUCACAAGGAAUUCGGAGAAAUCAUGGCUAGUGGAAUGUUUGGAAGUGAGGUCCCACCAGAGAUGGUCAAUGCUUUCCUUGCUCGAGUCAUCAAAGUCACCUACUGCUGGGCUUCAUUUGAUAUAUCGGAUAUGACCAACCCAAUCUACAACGUUCCACUCGAUUAA